AUGCACGACUGGAUUGAAGCCACUACGACCAGAGAUGCGAUCAGCAGGUAUUACACUCAUAUACUAUCGAGAGCUUUAGGCAAACGGACAGAUCACAUGGAUUUUCUUAUCAGAAAAUUGAUGGCAAUCCAGGAUAAGGACGGCCCAGGCGCGGGCGGGGUCAAUACGGUCGAUACAAUGGAAGCUACGGAUCGACAUGACAUGUCAAAUGUCGGAGAUUUCUCGAAAACCAUCUUCGCACCGGAUGCGCCAGGUGAUCCACGAUUGCCUACCGACGAACAAGCAACGAUGCGUAAUGAUGAUGGGACGGCCAUGGGCCGAAUGCAGCAAGCGUGGAAGGCCUUUGAGAGGCAGCUCGUUGCAUACAAUCUGGAAGCGCGUGGCAUCCAGCGCGUUGAGCCAGACGAGCGACAGGAUCUGCAUUUGCUGGGCUACUCGCAAGUCUCCAUCAUGUGGUUCUCUGUCAAUCUAGCCGCGAACAACAUCACACUCGGUAUGCUAGGUCCUGUCGUCUUCGCCCUCGGGUUCCUGGAUGCAUGCCUUCUCAGCGUGUUUGGUGCAUUUGUGGGCUGCCUAGUCGUGGCCUACAUUGCGACUUUCGGCCCCAAGAGCGGAAAUAGAACCAUGAUCUUCUCGCGAUACAUUAUGGGUUGGUGGCCAUCCAAGAUUGUGGUCAUUCUCAAUAUUAUCGUCUUAUUGGGGUACGGUAUGAUUGACUGCGUGGUCGCUGGUCAGAUCCUGUCCGCGGUCUCUGGCAACACCAUGUCCAUUGUGGUGGGCAUCAUUAUCGUCGCUGUCAUCGCCUGGGGUAUUACGACGUUCGGCUACCACAUCUUCCACUACUACGAGCGCUGGGCAUGGCUACCCCAACUCAUUGUGCUCUGCAUUUUGGCAGGCGUUGCUGGCUCACAAUUCAACAUCUCCUCCCAUUCGCAUGGUGAUGAGAAUCCAGAUACACCAACUGGUAAUCGCAUUAGCUUCUUCGGCCUAUGUCUGGCAGCGGCUAUUACGUAUGGUGGUGGAUCCGCGGAUUACUUUGUGUAUUAUCCAACACACGCAGCAUCGUGGAGAAUCUUCGUCAUGACCAUGCUUGGUUUGAUGUGUAGCUUCACAUUCGCCUUCGUUCUCGGUAUCGGCCUGGCAUGUGGUACACUAAUUAACGCUGAAUGGGAAGCAGCCUACGGUGUCUCCCAAGGCGCUCUCAUCGUCGAAGCAUACAAGCCUCUCGGCGCAUUUGGAUCUUUCUGCGGUGUCGUCGUCGCUCUCGGCCUCGUCGCAAAUCUCAUUGUGCCAACUUACUCAUCGGGCAUCGAUGCGCAAAUCCUCGGACGGUGGGCAGGUGCUAUACCAAGAGUGAUCUGGAACACUGUCGGUGUGGUUAUCUACACAGUUUGUGCCCUGGCUGGCCGUGCUCACCUAGCGGAAAUCUUCACAAAUUUUCUCGCGCUCAUGGGCUACUGGGUAUCUGUCUGGAUCGCAAUCACAUUAGAAGAGCACUUGAUCUUCCGCCGCAAGACUGGAUUUAAGUGGGAGGUUUGGAACCAGAAGAACAAAUUGCCUCUGGGCAUCGCGGCUUUGAUCGCCUUCGUAGUUGGAUGGAUAGGCGCAAUCAUGUGCAUGGCGCAAGUUUGGUACAUUGGGCCGCUGGCUAAACAGGUGGGAACAUAUGGAGCUGACAUGGGCAACUUCGUUGGGUUUGCAUGGGCAGCGCUUGUAUACCCACCACUGAGAAUGUGGGAGCUUAGGAGAUUCGAGAGAUGA